AUCUUCUUGCUCUUGGAUAGUGGAAGAGCUGGCGCCAAGGAAAAACAGGGGCCUUCAUUGACAAUGCCAGUCCGCUUGGUCUUCAUCGUCUCUAUCAUCAGGUGUCCUUUUUUUGCUCACCACCAGGAAUGGGUCUUCUUUGAUCAGAUGAAAGGGUGAGGAGGAACAAUCACUGAUAGGGCUUGAUUAAUGUGCACAAAUGAGCAAGAACAAUAUGAAGACGUCAGGUGGAAACCUCUUUUCGGAAUUGGCAUUGGCUUUAAGACGAACCAUGAGCCCGGGAAGAAGUGCCUCUCAUAACAAGCACCAGACCCACAACCAUUGUGUGGUGAACCCGACUCAGUCCGAAACUAGUGACCGGACAGAAGACAGUGCUCCCGCUCUCGCCGAUCAAACCCAUCCCAAGCCAAUGGCCUCAACUUCGGUCGACGAAUUGGCCAAAGAGAUGGCCUCGGGGUUAUCAGAUAGUGUAAUGGACGAUCUGCGGAACAAGCCCAUGCCUAGUGCCGAUGAGAGCUCCAGAACCUCACCUAAGCGAACUCAUAGUAAGAAGAAAGUGAAACGGAAACGAAGCAACAAAGCCGCGGUAGCUCCCAAUGAACCAAGAACGGCGACAGAUAUUCAUCCUGAACUGACGUUAGAAAAAUUGAAAGAACCCUUUCAGCGCCCACGGCACGGUCCCACCCGACAAUCCUCAGUCACUGACAACGGCGUAGAAGCCCUCGAAAUCAAUACCAUGUUUGAUUUUGUUCCUCCGGGACGGAAACCGGUAUUUCGAGAAGGGCGCCGAUCAACCGUCCAUCAUAUCUCGUUGAGACGAAGUUCCAUCGCGGUCAUGGCAAACCAAGCCCGCCAAAAAGAGCGACAAAACAUGGACUUUUUCGGCUCCAAACGGUUGGAGCCGCAGAGCCUCUCUGCCGUUCAUUACCUGGCCAUCUCACCCCCACGGAUUAGAAUUACCGAAGCUCAUUGCACUACCUCACCCGAAAAUGAGAAGCAAUCCAACUCCACGCCCGAUCUCAAUGAAAGUGACCCGCCGUCAUCGCAAAUGAAGAAAGAUGCUUUUGAGACCGGCACCACCAAGGCGGCGUCGUGUCAAUCCCCUCGGCCUCAAUGUCAUCAACCUCGGCUUAAACAAAGGCGACGUUUGCUCAAAAGUGUGGACCGGUCAUCUUUGGAAAGUAAUACCUCCAGCAUUCUUCACGAGGAACAAGAAGAGGAUCUCGUGGAGUACGAGGAUGCAGCAGGAGGCUGUGCUUCCUCCAAGUUGGCCUCCGCCACGUCCCCAUCGACAAACCUCACCAACCGUGAUGUCGAAGAGGCUCCCGAGGAAAACCCGAAAAAGGUCAACCCCAAGGAUGGAACAUUUGUCAAACUCCAUUCGCAUAGUAGUUCGAAUAACUCCAUGAGCAGUGCCUCACAAAGACGUUCCAGCGAUGAGACCCUCUCCUCCAAAAGCCUUUGGUCUUGUUCAGGUGGCACCGUCUCGACCAGCACUCGAAAUACUUCAUUUGACACAUCUGUGGAUGACAUGGACUCAAGACGAUCAAGUGACGUGACCAGCCGACGCUCGAGCGAAGACAUCUUCUAUCGCUCCUCUGACGGACCACCACAGACCAACAGCACUACGUCCACAGCCAUUCCCUCGGCCUUCGCGGGAGAAGGCCAUUUCAAGGAAUCGUCGCCCAUGUCACCAAUUUCUGAGGCCUCGACGACUGGCUGUUCCAUGCAGAAUAGACGCGCUUCGUUAACAUUGCUAGUGGGGACCAACUCAGGGGCUAAUACUUUGCCGAAGAAUACCACCGCGUGUUCGACGGUGUCCAAUGACAAAGCCGAGGCACACGAGCAUUCCCUGAAACCAAGUCUCGUUACUGGGGGUCACAACCGUGGAUGGAAAAGUGCCUCUCCUCACAGUCCAUAUCGUAGCCGCAGUUUACGGUUUGUAGGGAAUCAUUCCAAGAACUCGCUAUGGCACAAACGACCUAGCCCGAUUAGACAUAGUUUGGACUUGGUGGAUGGUCCUAAUGCUACGGAGGACAGCUUUGAUGUGGAUCACACGAUAUCCCCGGGCAAAAAUCCACUGGAAGGAUACUCGCCUGGCUUGGUGCUUCAAAAUACAGGCCUUCACAACCGCCGAGAGUCGUUUUUGUACCGAUCCGAUUCGGAUUAUGAGGCCACAUCCCCCAGAUCGAUUUCUCGAGCCUCGAGCAUUGCCAGUGAGGCAGGAAAUGCGGGACACGUGGAGGACUUGAUCGUCACACCAUUUGCCCAAAUUCUUGCCAGUCUCGGAACCAUUCGGGCCAACUACAUCUUUCUGACCAAAGUCCCGGCCAAGAAUCGCAAUGAGAACAAGACUCCCUCUCGAGAGUUUGGCCCCUCUCUGGGUCCACUUCAAGGUGGAGCAGGUAGUUCCAAUAUCAAUCAUUCUGCUGGAACAGGAGCCCCGUCGAGUACCUCGUCAGCAAACAAGUCUCUGUCAGAUGACGUUUAUAUGCGCACGGCUGUGGAGACCUUGGAGGAAUUGGAUUGGUGCCUGGAUCAACUGGAAUCCAUCCAAACGCAUCGAUCCGUAUCAGAUUUGGCCACAAGCAAGUUCAAACGAAUGCUCAAUAAAGAGUUGAGCCACUUCUCAGAGACGAGUCGCUCGGGUAAUCAGGUCUCCGAAUAUAUCUGCUCCACUUUCUUGGAUAAAACUCAGGACGUGGAUCUGUCCUCGUAUCACCAUCCUCAAAGCAAAACGUUCUCGAACAACGUUCCAAGUGGAUCCGGGACCAAUUCUGGGACCCUUGAGGACCAGAGUAACGUGGUCGUAGAGGAGGAAGAUGAAGACGAAACACCAGAACAGAGGGUCCCAAACAACCUGGAUCCCAACGAACAGGAUGUGUCCGACCACGAGAUGUCGAAAACUGAAAAUGGACAAUCGCCCAAUUCACUGGCCAAGACCACUUCUCCGUCCAAUACGACGGCCAUUGAACUCAGUUGGAAGAUGGGGGGUGACAAAAUCAUCACUGCGGAACAAAGUCGAAUCCGGAAGGCCUCUAUGGAAUCAUUUUCAAUUGACCCCGAAGCUCUGGAUAAGCAUUUGGAGAUGAUCAAUCAAUGGGGCCUCAACGUCUUCAAAACCGGGGAAAUGGUCAAGAAUCAGCGAGCCCUCUCCUGCGUCACUUUUCGGAUAUUUGAGGAAAGAGACCUGAUGACCUACUUCAAGAUUCCAGCCGACACGUUGAAGAGUUUCCUAAUCACGCUGGAGGAUCACUACCUCAAGGAUAUUCCGUAUCACAACCACUUUCACGCGGCCGAUGUCACUCAAUCCACCCAUGUUCUGUUGAACUCGCCCAAUUUGAAGUGUGUGUUCUCAUCGUUGGAGACAUUCGCCGCCAUCUUCGCUUCCGCUAUUCAUGAUGUGGACCAUCCCGGAGUCACGAACCAGUACCUCAUCAACACUAGUUCGGAACUGGCUCUCCUCUACAAAGACGAGUCUGUGUUAGAGAACCAUCAUUUGGCUGUGGCCUUCAAGCUGCUCCAACAACCCGGCUGUGACAUCUUGAUCAAUUUGACGGUCAAACAAAGGCAAAGCUUCCGGAAGAUGGUCAUCGAUAUGGUCUUGGCCACGGACAUGUCCAAGCACAUGUCGCUCCUGGCCGACCUGAAGACCAUGGUGGAAUCCAAGAAGGUGGCCGGAUCGGGGGUCAUUCGCUUCGACAACUACAAUGAACGAAUCCAGGUGCUUCAAAAUAUGGUCCAUUGUUCGGACCUGUCCAAUCCUACCAAGCCCUUGGAUAUCUAUCGUCAGUGGGUGGAUCGAAUCAUGGAGGAGUUCUUCCGUCAAGGGGAUCAAGAACGAGAGGCGGGACUCGAAAUUUCGCCCAUGUGCGAUCGAUAUAAUGCCACCAUCGAAAAAUCACAGGUUGGCUUUAUUGAGUACAUUGUUCAUCCCCUGUGGGAAACCUGGGCGGAUUUGGUUCAUCCUGACUCAUCACAUAUCUUGGAAAUGCUGGAUUGCAACCGCCAAUGGUAUAGCUCGAAAAUUCCCCAUUCUCCCACCGAUCCGUAUCAGGAUGAAAUGCGCGAAGAGAGCAACGAGGAAGACGACGACGAGGGGGACGACGAGGAAGACGAGGAUGGUGAGGGCGGAGACGAUUCCACGAGUGGUGCCAAUCGCACGAGUCCCACGAGUUCGGAGAAUUCUUCAUCUUCGGAAGGCGCGGAUCACGUAGAUGAGAGCGGAAACAUUCGGUUCCACAUCACCAAAGACAGUCCAGUCCAUGAAACCCAUGGUGCCAAUGGGUUAUGAGUCAUGAUAAACCUGUUGUUGUUGUUCUUCUUCUUCUUCUUCUUCUUGUUGUUCUUCUGCGCCAGCGAUCCUCUUCUUCAAAGCAAAAGCGCACAAACCAAUAUCAAAAAGCUUGUUCGAGGUGUGAAAGGCCCUUGGGCCCUUCUCGCCUGCUCUUCUUCCCCC